AUGGCUUUGAAAGAGCUGCCGAUGAAUUCUGGCAGCAAAGACGACUUUCAGUUAUUUGGGGCAAACAUGAACUUUACAACAUCAAAUGACUCUUCCAAUCCACCGGACUCGCGAAAAAGAGCGGCACAACACGACAAAGGAGUGCCACGCCACGAGGAAAGCUUUGUACAACCAGAACCGCCGAAGAAACAGAAAGUCAUUCUUCCAACUCAUGUAAGCAAGCUGAAUCUAUUUUGAUCACAGUACCAAUUUUUCUCCCAUAGAAUGCAUGUUACCUUCCUUCCGUAAAACCUAAACAAAAGGUUUUCGACAUAUAACAAAUGAACUGAACUGCAAUGACUGAAAGAUAAUUUAUUUUCUUUUAGCAAAUAGUUUUAGGAAAGCUUUCAUUUAACAACGUUUCAUUGAUUGUAUUGAUAGGUGGCUCAAAAUCAAGAUCAAAGUCAGAUGAGCAACACGUCAGAUGAUAUCGCAUCACAAGUAAAGCACGGAGGUAAGUCAAAAUGAGUCCAAUCACUGCCCUUCAGCACUGUUACAGUAGGCCCUCGUUCAUCAAAAAGCCUCCCAAGGCCUUAGAUAUGUUCCUAACAUCUGGCCUGAGAGGUUAACAGGUUAAAUACCAGUAUUGGGCCUUUUCGAUUCUCGGAUGCCAACAACUUUUCACUGCCACUAUUAUUUUUAAUUACAGGUCCCUUUUUGCACCUUGAUAGCAAGGACUCGAGUAGCGGUGAUGAAAAAUCAAAACUUGAAGCCGUGUUGCGAGGUGUGUCAUUUUGGUACACGGUGCUCUAACUGACUUCGCUCUAUAAUCCGUUAAUAGAUUGGGGAACCACCUUACAUGAUUUGGUUGGUUUCGGGAAGUUUCAGAUUUGCCUCUUAACUCCCAAGAUCUGAUUAUCAAAUUCUCUCCUCUAGCUGCUGCACGUUCCUUCUUAACUAGUUACGAAAAUUUGGUGUUAGAUCCAGAUAACAACUUCUGCUUGAUAAGUCUGAGUAUUCUCAUUACCUGUUUGCCAGUUAAUGUGUGGAUAUCAUAAGGAGGAGUUAUAUGUUGAUCACUUCUGGAAGUUAAAGGUUAUAGGGCCAAUAGGACUGAGAUAUAGGAAAGUUGGUUUUCGAUGGGGAGAAAGCAAUAUUUAAGUGACAGGCCUUGUUUAAAGUAAAUAUAAGUUAUGAUAUAAGUAAAUUUUACCGCAAUCUGUCACUCAAAACUAAUUGGCAAUGAAUAAAAUGUUGAACUGUCACGUGUGGACAGUAUUAGUUCUUUAUUCAAUGGCUUAUUGUAUGAAUGGUCGUUUUCUUUCCGCUCGUAGAACUUGGCCAAGAGAUGAGGAUGGUACACUUGAAGUGGGCACAACCAUUUGCGUAAGCUUGUUCUAUGAGAAAUGUUCAUAUUCGCUAUGUAGUAAAAGACUAGUCAUUAUAAAGAUCCUUUUGUUUUAAGACCUCAUACUAGACAGCAAUGUCUGGUAUAAACACAUACCACUUAAUGUGACGUUCUAACGUUUAUUUGAUAGUUAACCACAAACAGCAGAAUUUUAGUCCGCUGCCACCAAGUGUGUGCUGGCAUUGUGUUUCACGUUUGGCAGGUUUACUGUUUGUUUAUAUAUUUCGGGUCGUGUAGUGUGUUUUAAUGGUGUGGUCUUCCCUGAAAAACACCUCUUAGACAUAAUCAUUUGUUAUGACCUGACUCAGUCUCUCAAACAAUGACCUUGUUACACCAUUUACUUUUAUCUUAUCUUCAGGGAGGGUGAAUCUUUCGAAAGAUAUUGUCCAGUCAAACUUGAUGAACUCCUUAAGGAAGCUCUGAGGCUUGAACAACACCUAAAGAAUCAGAAAGAACGCUUGAAGGAGAGGUUAACUCUGAUUACACGAACCCUUCAAAUGCCUACCGUAUAAUAGAUCGUUAUUCGAGUUAAACUGUAAAAUACCGCCGUAAAUUUUUUAGCCGAUUGCUAUCUGCUGCUAUUGCCAGUUUAAUUAAUCACAUUUGAACAGAAUGCCAUUUUUCACUCUGCAGUUCGAGAUGAUGCAACAAAAAUGAUGAAACAAAAGACAGUGGUAAUCUUGAAACUUGUCAGACUAAUUAUGAACCAAUGACCGGUCAGCUACCGGUGGAAACCAAACCUAAAUUAUUUACAAUCACUUUUCCAGUAUUCCGCAGGACCUUUCAGUAACGUCGAAGUGAGUUCUCUUGUGGUUCUGGUGACAGUGUCUUUACCGCAUUACAUCAACUACUUCACUUUUAAUGUGAAAACUUACAUUUGUCUCUGUUUUCGUUCUUCAUUCUUGAAACGCAUU